AGGUGGGCGGAGACUGUUUCUUUCUCUCUUCCCCUCCCAGUCCCUUCCUCGGAAGUAGACGUAUCUGUCUAUAUUCCCCUUUUAUUUUUAUAUUUUUGCAACAACCCCUUUUCCCCAACAACCAGCCCAAUGGACGCCAAGAUGGACGACUAAACCGAAGAACGGGUCCCCGAUUUCAGCCCGUUAUUUAUCCUCGGAACUGAGUGGACCGGAUGAAAUCCAACUGUGGUUUUCUCCGCUUCGCAGGGGAGGUAGCUGUAUCCAGUGGGGAGGUAGGCUCAACCAGGGGAGGGAAGAAUGAAGUUCACCGAACCCUGGGAACGCCAGAGGCUGUCUUUUCUUCUGGAAAAGGCCGCCUCUAGGGAAGCCAAGAUGUGGAAGGUCUACGUGCCAAAGAAGCCCUCCUCACAGGAUACAGACAUCUCCCCCGCCCAGCGGGACGAGGCCGUGCGCUGGCUGACGGAGCUCCACAGCAAACUGAAGCUGUACCCAGAGACCCUGGUGUUAGCGGUUAGCAUCCUGGACCGUUUCCUCGCUCCCAUCAAGGCCCGUCCAAAGUACCUGCGCUGCAUCGCCAUCGCCUGCUUCUUCCUGGCUGCCAAGACCUGUGAGGAGGACGAGUGUGUGCCCUCUCUGAGGGAGCUGGCUGCCUCCAGCAGCUGUGGCUGUUCUCCAUCAGAGAUCCUGAGGAUGGAGAGGAUCAUCCUGGACAAACUGAACUGGGAUCUGCACACCGCCACGCCGCUGGACUUCCUGCAUAUCUUCCAUGCAAUGGUGUUGUCGUGUCGUUCUGGGUAUUUGGACUCCAUGUUGGGACUGAACCGUUCUCAGCACCUCGCCCUGCUCACACAGCGACUAUACCACUGUCUGGCUGACCACACACUCAUACAGCUCAGAGGAUCCAUGCUGGCCUUGGCCCUCAUCACCCUAGAGCUGGAGACCUGUUGUCCUGACUGGCUGGCUCUCACCAUAGACCUGCUAAAAAAGGCACAGAUCGACAGCUCUGAGUUGAUUCGGAGUCGAGAGCUCGUGGCUCGUAGUCUGUCCACACUGAGAGCUUCCCUGCCUCCAAACACUGUCUACAUCUACCAACCCCUGCAGAGCCAAACCACCCUGCAGCCUCCGGUCCAGGACCCCUCACUCCCCUGCUGCACACUGGGGACCAUCACCUCCACCACUGAGUCUGCCAGGGACCACGCCCACAUCACUGCCCCCCCUGCCCAGCCACAGACACCUGCUGGUGGGGAAGAGGGGAGCCAGCAGUCCUGGCAGCCCUCCUCCACGAACAGCAGUAUCCCAGCUCUACUCUCUCCACCCAAACACCCCCGCCAUCUUAACCACCUGCAGAGGGUCACGCUGCGCAGCAAGGCCUCCGCCAAGCGCAAGGUGGAGGAGAUGGAGGUGGACGACUUCUAUGACGGUAUCAAGCGCCUCUACAACGAAGACGUCACCACCACCACCACCACCGCCGUCCAGGAGGGGGCAACACCUGUGAUGGGGGCGAUAACAACAAGUGGAGGAGGUGGAGGAGGAGGAGGAGGAGGUCUGGGUGUCUGCAGUGUCCUGUUGUCCCGACAGGAAGGCAGCUCCUCCCCCUGCCCGCCUCUGCAGCCAGUCAGUGCCUCCUAGAGACCAAACCUGUUCACCAAAACCACCUUAAACACCGACAUCAUCUUCAUAUUUCACUUUCAGAUUAAAACCUCCUCCUCAAACUUAAAACCGAUCACCACCGUUUGAUCGGAUAGUGACGUUCAGGCUGUUGUUUUUGCAACGUCAGUGGGCAACUCCCUCAGCAACACAGUCAAGAGAAACGUUUUAUUCAAUGUUUCCAUUUGCAUUAAAAAAAAGCAAUAUUGAGGCAGCUCCUCUGGAAACGUCACACAUUACGGUUGCCAGGGCAAAACGUCUUUUACGUCACUGCUUUUAAUGAAACGUACAGCAAAAGAGGAGGAUAUUGAUGUGACACGCAUGAUGUCAGUGUGGUAAGACGGUUUUGGUUUUCGGUGCAAACGACCCCAGUGCCCCCCGAUCUGUUCAGCUGCCCUGCGGUCAGUUCCCAUCAUCCCCUGCAGCUGGAAAACAGAGCCCAAAAAAAUUUAAACAUUCAAAAAAUAAAAAACCUGCUGCUGCUACUAUCUUAUUAAUUAUAUAUUUGUUGAACACAAAUACAAAAGGUUUAAAAAAAACUAUAAAUAUAAAAAGUUUCCUUCAAAAAAACCUAGAAUUGACUUCUCUCCCCCCAGUGUCUCGCUCUCUGUCCUGUUAUGGAAUAUUCUUGGAAAUGUCAUAGUUUGUCAACUUAUAUUUGUUGUUCACAUCUUAAAUUCUUUACUUUGAUUUCGUAUAUUUAUGUUUUUAUUCUGUCCACUUUUUCAUCCCUGCAUGUUUUCAUCUCUAUUUAUAACUUAUUCCUAAAGAGUCUAAAUCAAAUGUAUGAAUGUUUCUGUAUAGAUGAUUAACUGUUACUCGCCCAGAUAAAAAAAAAAAGGUAGUUUUUUUUUUUUUUUUUUAGUGAAGUGCAAUUUGAUUGUUAAUAAGAUGCUAAUAUAAACAUCCCUCCUAUUAAUCCCUAUGUUUCUCUUUUCGCUCUCAGCUUGUUGUGACGGCUUGACUGAAUGAAAGUUUCUCAGGUUGCUUUAUUCACCCACAAACGAAAAAAAAAGAGUUUGAAGUUGCUGCUUAAAUCUGGUUUCCUCGUGCAGGCGUCUUGGCUGCCAAAUGAUAAUUUUACUGUUUGUUUUGGAGCCCAAGAGCAGCUGUGGUUUUUGUUUUUGUUUUUUUUUUUACAACAAAUCACCUGACCUUUACAUCACAGCUAACCAUGCUGAUUGUGGUUUUAAUUAUUUUUCCUGCUGUUACAGGCAGCCAUUGGUUUCCAUUCAUUUCUAAAUAGUAUGAACGUAAAGUUGCAGUCUUGAAACCUUCUUGAGCUGUGGAAUCAUCAAGUGCAACAAUAACAUAACUUUGACUAAAAUGUCUGUAGACCUGAUGUUCACUGUGAUGAUUACAAACCUCACGCAAGUUUCAAAGAGUGUGACCGUACAAAUGCCAAAUGGAAACCAAUGGAUACCUGACACUGAAAAAAUAACCAAAACCUGUACAGUCAGCAUUUGAAAAUGGUCAACAGAAAAGUAAAGUAUACACAGUCUGUAGCUAAAACUCUCGGGAUAACAGGCUUCUGUAGUUCAUCUCUUUGGGUUAAACUUGAGAUUAUUCUUUCAGGGUAAAAAAAAAGAGAUAACGGACAAAUUAGUAACCACAGCCGCUCUUGAUGGGUGGUCUUAACCACAGUCUGUUGCCAUAAACCCCACCCAUCUGGCACUCCUGAGUUUCAAACAAAUGCUGCCUAAAACUCUGAAGGGCUUACAGUACUUGUUGUCUAAUCAGGGUCCCGUCCUUUAAACCUGGUUUAACUAAUCCAAACUAACAUGAUGUUAUCCUGCUGAUUAUGAUCCAAUUUACUAGAUUAUUUGAAUGCAGACACACCAAGACUUGUUUUUUUUUUAAUAACCUCAAGAAGUCUUGACCCAGCUAACUGAAUAAAGACUUGUUGCUAUGACAACCCUGGUAAAAAUCAGACUGCAUGUGGUUUCUGUGUUGAAGCAGCCAGAAGGAAAUUAAAGAAAGAAUUAAAAAGCAUUUUAAUAGUAAGCUAAGAGACAGAAAUGUGCUUUUGGAGUUGGAAAAUGAGACUAGUGACAAUCUUCCCAACGCGCUCUGUUUUUAUCUCUGGAAGAUCUGUUUAAUCUAUUAUUCUUAGAAAAAGCUCUGUUGUUCCUGCUGUGGGAGCUGCUGGUGGCUGCUCCAGGUCCCUGAACGCACCGCGGCACCAAUAAAUAAAGAGAAAAGAAUAUGAAAACUGACAAA